AUGGCUUCUGACAAAGAAACAGACCCCAGAGUCCUUGUACAAGAGGACACUGAGGGCAAAGCAUCGAAAGAAAAAGGUAAUGAUAAUAAAAAGAAGUCGCAAGAUAAAAGAAGGCAUAGUAGAUCUCGGUCCAAAUCUCCAGACAGGGAACAGCGACGUGAAAAAAGGCGAAAACGAAAAGGUUCUGAUGAGUACCAAAUAAUGCCCCGCUAUUAUGGUGAUGACAAAAAAAAGGAAAAUAGCGAUAAAUAUUGGAGUAAAUAUCCAAAGAAAGACGAACAUCGAGUUGGUAAGAGAUACUAUGAAGAUGACCCAAAUAAUUCUGAUGAUGAGAAUAUCGAAAACAAGAGAGCAGGGAAAAAAGCUUCCAAAGACGACAAAAAAGUAGAAGAUAAAUCGGUCAUUAAACCUCGUGAAAGAAAAACCGUAGAUCUUCUAACAUCACGCACUGGAGGGGCUUAUAUCCCCCCAGCAAAAUUGCGAAUGAUGCAAGCAGAAAUAACUGAUAAAUCAUCAGCAGCAUUUCAAAGAAUUGCUUGGGAAGCUUUAAAAAAGUCCAUUCAUGGAUUCAUUAACAAAAUAAACACGUCAAACAUUGGAAUUAUUGCAAGGGAAUUGUUGCAUGAAAAUAUAAUCAGAGGAAGAGGUUUAUUAUGUAAAUCAAUUAUUCAAGCUCAAGCGGCUUCACCAACAUUUACCAAUGUAUAUGCAGCAUUAGUUGCUGUAAUAAAUUCGAAAUUUCCCAAUAUUGGAGAACUUUUACUCAAGAGAUUGGUAUUACAAUUCAAAAGAGGCUUCAAACAAAAUAAUAAAACCAUUUGUAUAUCAGCAUCAACAUUCAUUGCCCAUUUGGUUAACCAGUCUGUUGCACAUGAAAUUUUAGCACUGGAAAUUUUAACGCUACUUAUUGAAACUCCUACUGAUGAUUCUGUAGAAGUUUCAAUUGCAUUUCUAAAGGAAUGUGGACAGAAGCUCUCAGAGGUUACAAGCAGAGGGAUUAAUGCUAUUUUUGAAAUGCUAAGGAAUAUUUUGCAUGAGGGGAAAUUGGAAAAAAGGAUCCAAUACAUGAUUGAGGUCAUGUUUCAAAUAAGGAAAGAUGGUUUCAAGGAUCAUGCUGCUGUUAUUGAAGAGCUGGACAUUGUGGAAGAAGAUGAUCAGUUUACUCAUUUGAUAAAACUUGAUGAUGUAGUACAGGCAGAUACUGAUGAUAUAUUGAAUGUCUUCAAGUUUGAUGAUGACUACCAAAUCAAUGAAGGCAAAUACAAAAUUUUAAGCAAAGAAAUUUUACAAAGUGAUGGAGAAUCGGGAUCGGGAGAAUCAGGUUCGGAAGAGGAUUCGGAUGAAGAUAGUGACGAAGAUGAUGAAGAGGAGGAAGUAAAAAAGGAUCAGGGCACUAUUAUUGACAACACCGAGACAAAUUUGAUAGCACUAAGAAGAACUAUUUAUUUGACUAUUCAAUCGAGUUUGGAUUUUGAAGAAUGUGCCCAUAAGCUACUGAAAAUGGAGCUAAAACCUGGUCAGGAAAUUGAGCUGUGUCAUAUGUUCUUGGAUUGCUGCGCCGAACAAAGAACCUAUGAAAAAUUCUAUGGGCUAUUAGCCCAAAGAUUUUGUCAAAUAAAUAAAACCUAUGUCGAACCGUUUCAACAAAUUUUCAAGGACACUUAUUCAACAACUCACCGAUUGGACGCUAAUAGGCUGAGAAAUGUGAGCAAAUUCUUUGCGCAUUUACUUUUCACAGACGCAAUUAGUUGGGAAUGUUUAGAAGCCAUGAAAAUGAAUGAGGAAGACACUAAUAGUUCUAGCAGAAUUUUCAUUAAAAUUUUGUUUCAAGAAUUGGCUGAAUAUAUGGGAUUGGGAAAGUUGAAUCAAAGACUUAAGGAUCCGACACUUCAAGGACAUUUUGCCGAACUGUUUCCAAGAGAUAAUCCAAAGAACACUAGGUUUUCAAUUAACUUUUUCACCUCAAUUGGGUUAGGUGGUUUGACUGAUGAAUUAAGAGAGCAUUUGAAAAAUUUGCCAAAGAACAUGCCAACAGUGACUAAAGAGGAAAGCAGCUCUAGUUCUUCUUCCAGUUCCAGUGAAGAUAGUAGUAGUUCAGAUUCAAGUGAUGAGGAAUCGGAAGAUGAGAAGACAAAGAAAAAAGAUAAACAGAAAAUAUCCAAAUCAUCACAAGAAAGACCCAGAGAUAAAACACAGAGGACUAGCAGAGAUGAAACUAACAAAAGAAGCUCUAGAGAAGAUGAAGAAAAUUAUCGUAAACAAUCUAGAAGAAGAGAGCAACGAAAUAAUUCAGAAGAAAGGGAAAACCGGGAAAGGUCCAGAUAUAAUGACCAAAAUAAAGACAGAAGAAGGGAUUAUGAAUGGGUCAAAAGUAGAUACGAAGAUAAUAUUAGUCAGUUGAAGGAUAGAAGGAGAGCAUUUGAAAGACCUAGAGGAAAAGAUGAUAGAGUAAAAGAAGAAAAAAAUAGAAGGUCGAGGUCGAGAGAUAGGAUUAGGGUGAAAGAUGAGGAUGACAGAAGUAAAGACAGGGAGUAUCGUCACAGAAGGAAUCAUGAAAGGCAACGAAGUUAA